UGGCGGGGCCGAGGAGAUGACUGCAGCCGAGCUGGCCGACCCAGCCCUGCUGGAGAUCGCCAACUUCGCUGUCAGCAGGAUCGACGAGUGGACCAACGGCAUUUACAGGUCCAAGCUGGUGCAGGUUCUGUCAGGCAAGCGGCAGGUUGUGGCUGGCUACAAGUACAUCCUUGAAUUGGAAAAGGCCACCACUACCUGCCCCAAGAUGGGUAUGAUUACCUUGGAGGACUGUCCUCUACACCCGGACUACACGAACGAGAUCUGCCAUGUGGAGAUAUAUGUCGUUCCGUGGACCGGAGAACGCGAAGUGCUGGAACAGGGCUGUAGACAGAAACCGACCAAGCGCCAGUUCGGCGGUCUGGCCGGAGGACUGCACCCCACGGACACCAACAGCCCAAAAGUGUUGGAGAUUGCAGCUUUCGCUGUGGAUACAAUCAACGACCAAAGCAACUCCAUGUACCUCAGCAAACUGGUCCAUAUCCACAGUGCGAGCACUCAGGUUGUUGCCGGUGUUAACUACCACUUGGAACUGGAGAUCGGUGCCACCACCUGCUCCAAGGGAGACUCCGUCAGUCUAGAGGACUGCGACAUCGACCAGAACGGACGAGUUGAGAUCUGUAUGGUGACUGUGUUUGACCAAUCUUGGACCGGGACCCGUGAAGUCAUCUCAAUGACAUGCAGCCCUAAGGUUGCUGUAAAGCGGCAGUUCCUGGCGGGAGGACUGAUGCCUGCAGACACUAACAACCAGGGCAUCCAGCAUCUCGCCUCGCUGUCAGUGGACCACAUCAACACCAUGAGGAACGCUCCUACCCUCAGUAAGCUGGUGGAGGUCACCAGCGCGCAGUAUCAGGUUGUGGCAGGUAUGAAGUACUACCUGACGAUGGAGAUCGGCACCACCAGCUGCUCCAGCAGCGACAGCACCGUCCUGCUGGCCGACUGCGCCGUCCUGCUCGGUGGCGGGCGCGAGAUGUGUGACGUAGAAGUGUUGGACCAGCCGUGGAUCGGGGAGCCACAGGUCCUGACCUUCUCCUGUACGCCCAAACAGCUCUUUCCGUGAGAGCAUACUGGACAUCACAAUGGGAACACUUCAAACAUGAGAAGACUGUGCUUCACAUUUAAACGUCUUUGUUUGAAAUAAAUGCACGAAGGUGUAAAUGAGCAUUGGA